AAAAAUAUGCCGAAACUGCAAGUGUGGGCAAGAGGAACAUGAUGUUCCCACCAGCAAUGAGGAUGAUCGUAAAGUGGGGAAGCUCUUUGAGGACACAAAAUAUACAACCCUUAUUGCCAAGCUGAAGUCUGAUGGCAUCCCUGUGUACAAGCGCAAUGUCAUGAUACUGACAAAUCCAGUGGCAGCCAAGAAGAAUGUGUCCAUCAAUACAGUAACAUAUGAAUGGGCACCUCCUGUUCAGAAUCAAACCCUGGCAAGGCACUAUAUGCAGAUGCUUCCGAAGGAGAAACAGCCCGUAGCUGGCUCAGAAGGCGCUCAGUACAGAAAGAAGCAGUUGGCAAAGCAGCUGCCUGCUCACGAUCAGGAUCCUUCCAAAUGCCACGAGCUGACUCCUAAUGAGGUGAAGCAGAUGGAGCAGUUUGUGAAGAAAUACAAGAACGAGGCACUCGGAGUGGGAGACGUCAAGCUCCCAAGUGAAGUGGAAGCAAAAGGCAAUGAGAAGAAUGUUCCAAGUAAUGGAGAAAGGGGCACCUCUGCCACAGUAGGAGCAAUGGAAGACAAGCUGGCUGGUCAGAAGGGAUCACAAUAUUCUUGUUUCCGAUGCAAGCUGAACAUGAAGGAAGGAGACCCAGCUGUCUAUGCCGAACGUGCUGGCUAUGACAAGCUCUGGCACCCUGUUUGUUUUGUCUGCUGUACCUGUGGUGAACUCCUAGUAGAUAUGAUCUACUUCUGGAAGAAUGGCAAGCUGUACUGUGGCAGACACUACUGUGACAGUGAAAAACCUCGCUGUGCUGGAUGCGAUGAGCUAAUAUUCAGCAAUGAGUACACCCAGGCAGAAGGUCAGAGCUGGCAUCUGAAACACUUCUGCUGCUUUGACUGCGACUGUGUCUUGGCCGGAGAGAUCUAUGUCAUGGUAAAUGAAAAGCCUGUCUGCAAACCAUGCUACGUGAAGAACCAUGCUGUGGUCUGCCAAGGUUGCCACAAUGCGAUUGACCCAGAAGUUCAACGUGUGAGCUACAACAACUUUAACUGGCAUGCAACCACAGAGUGUUUCCUGUGCUCUUGUUGUAGCAAGUGUCUUAUUGGCCAGAAGUUUAUGCCAGUGGAAGGAAUGGUCUUCUGCUCAGUAGAGUGUAAGAAGAAGAUGAUGUCCUAAGUGGAAGAAUAUCCAGAUGGAACAAAAGCUUUGCCUUACUUUAAAGUCCUCUGUAUUUCUACUGUUCAGGUGUAAUAUUCUGGGACAUUUUUCACAAAAUCUGGCAUAAUAAUCUAACAUGGCAAAUGCCAAAGAUUUUACAUUACACACUUGAUAGCUUUUGAUUAGUACUUAAGCAUUUCUGUAUUCUUAAUGCUUUCGAUUUAUUCUUGCAAAUGUAGGAAGCUUAAUAUUUUCUAUGAAUUUCACUGGGUACCCAAAUUUGGGUGUGAUGCAGCUUAGUUUAUCAUGAAAGCCUUACAUGAAAAGCAAGACAGACAUCAUCAUGUGUCUACUGCUGGACUGUAUCACUUCAAGCUGUAGUGAAGUGACAUACGGGGGGGAAUGAAAUCUCCCAACAUAUGCAGAACUAGCACAAAAAACAUGUUAAUCUGUCUCUGACUCGUUACACAUUUGCAGGAAGUCUUUAAAGUGUGGAACAGCAUUAAAACGUUUGAAACCCAAAUGUAUUAUGGAGUGGUACAGUCCAUCCAGAAAUAAACCAUGUUGGCUUGCUCACUGCUGUAUGGCAGUUUUAACAUAAUAAAGAUGAAUUAUUUUAGAGGGUUUCCACUUUCCUUGAAAUCUUUAAAAGAAAGUCUUUUCUGUUGUGGC